ACAAAUCGGUUCAUCUCAAUGAAAGUGCAGUUUUGUGUUCAUCUCUCCGAUUCCAUCAAGAAAUUUACCUGACUUUUUCUAUUAAUUUCAACGAUAAUUUGAUUCAACUUUGCUUAUUAAGCUCCGAACGGUUUACUGAUUGAACACAGAUUGUUGGAAAUUAAUGGACAAAAUGUCGUCGGUCUUAAAGAUAAAACCAUUCGACAAAUCAUCGAAGAACUUAAAGGUGUUAUCACCCUAACCAUUUUGCCUUCAAUAACUUUCAAUCACAUGUUUAAAAGUUGAUAAAAUGAGUGCUGCUGCUGUUGCUCAACCAUCUAAUCCACCACAAUCUGACCAGAGGGAAAGGAUCAUAACUGAUUAUAGGAAGAAACCCCAGAACCUAGGAAUUUUUUUGGCAUCUUUUUGCUUUUGCAGAAAGAAAUUGGUUUGAAGUAAACGUGGUCAAUCCUGCCCCUGCUUAUUCUUUUCAAAACGGACUUUGCUUUCGUUUUCAUUUGGUUACUUAAUAUCAAGACGCAUUUUCAUUUUUACAUAUUUAUAAUGGAUGAUAAUCAUAGCAAUUAUCUUAAAGAUCAAAGGUCUCAAUCAACCUGCUCGCCUAUGGGAUUGUCACCUUUAAAUCUUAAUCGUGACCAUCGCCAUCGUAGUAGUUUACCUAAUGCUUUGCUUGUACCAGGCUAUCAAAUUUUGUCUCCCUCCAAUGGCCAAGAAUCACCAUCACCUUCAUCAACUUCAUCUCCAUCUCCAUCUUCAUCUAUCCGUGACGGUCUUAAUCGGACUUCUGUUAUCAGCUACAGUGGAACACAUGGACUUUCCUCUUCAUCUCCUCUUUCAUCAUUCCAUCAAUCAACAGUCAAAUUUUUACCCGUCUCAUCGCCAAGUCCAUCAUUCAAUUCAUCGUCAUCAUCAUCACUUCAACGUCCAGUUUCUAGCUCGUCAUUGAUGGGCAAUUCUCCUAUCAAUGAACAACUUUUAAAUCGUCGAGGGCCGAUCUCAACUUUAGGCAUUGGUUUUGGCCGUCGACACUCUGUGAAUGUAGUGUCAUCUGAAAUUUCAAAUGAUGUUGAAAUGCCAGAAACAGGAGAAAUCCGAGCCUUAACUCAAUUAUCUAGUGGAAUUGGCCCGAACACUAUUUCAAAUUCUCGACGAAGUCCAUCAGUUGAUUUAGGUAAAUUUAAAUCUGUUCAAUCAACUCGUAAUAAUGAUAACCUUAGUCAAGCUUCUCUACUGCUAAGCUUGGCCAAUUCAAAUCACCUUUAUCAAACCGCAAUUAAACAGUUCACCGAUUGUGAAGAUGUUGGAAGUGAUCAAAAAACUCUUAAUAUGCAAAUUAAAUCUAUAUCAGCCAAUGAUCAGCCAUCAAAAACUGAUAAAAGUGAGAAUAUUAAUCAAAAAUCUGUGAUAUCCCCAUCAACCUCCAUAGAAUCUGAAAUGGACUCUGUUAUGGACGACGAGAUGGAAUCUCUUCGGGUAUCAAUCCUAAAUUCUAAUGUUACUAAUAAUAGUAAUUUCUCACACUCAACUUCAGUUCAAUCAGUUUCUUCUUUUGCUAGUCGAAAAAAGCGAGGCUCGUUGAAUGAAUCCGGCCUUGCUGUAUCCAAUUUGCAGUCUAAUAACAUAUCAAACGAUCAACUUCCUUCUCGAUCUUUGCAAGAUCUCAGAUCAAAUGCUGCUUCAUCAGCAUCUUUUGCAUCAUCAGCUUCAGAUGAGUCUAAUACAAGUGAUUUUGCAUCUCCAUCAACUCCUCGUCGGCAAGACUCCGGUGAAAGUAAUUCAACAAAUUCUAAUCAAGCUGUUGUGCCAAAUACCAAUCAAAUCCAAUCGAUUAAUGCUAAUAUUACCUCGAGUGAAACAAUUUUAUCUUCUGAUUUCCCAGGGAUUGGGUUAAAUCCCAGUUUCAGUAGACAACAAUUAUUAUCCAGUCCUUGUCCAAUAUGUGGUGAUCGAAUCUCCGGUUUUCAUUAUGGUUUAUUUUCUUGUGAAUCUUGUAAAGGUUUUUUCAAAAGAACAGUGCAAAACAAAAAAAAUUAUGUCUGUUUAAGAGGGGCUAAUUGUCCGAUCUCCAUAAAUACAAGAAAAAAAUGUCCCGCUUGCAGAUUUGAAAAAUGUCUUCGAAUGGGUAUGAAACUGGAAGCCAUCAGAGAAGAUAGAACUCGUGGUGGACGAAGUACUUAUCAAUGUACUUAUACUCUUUCACCAACAACUAUGAAUCCAGGCUAUGGAUUUGUUAACUCUAAUCUUAAUCAAGUCCUCCACACUGAUCAUCCAAUAGGAAUCCAUCAAGUGAACCAACCCGGAAACAUAUCAAAUCAAAAAUCAGGCUCCUACAACCAUGAUCCAGGAGGAGGAACUUAUUAUCCUACAAAGUGGAUAUCGAAGUCAGAUGGGUCAAAGCCUAUUAAUUCAGAUUCUCCUGUUAAUUUUAAAAUAGCAAGAAACGAUGGUGGAAAUGUCGAAAACGUUAAACUUAUGCCUUCUGAAUCAGCAACUAGCUCUGCUUCUUCUCCUGCUAUUCCUCCCAAGAUAAGUGGAAUGCUAAAGGAAAUUCUUGAUGCUGAACAUCUGUGGCACAGAACACAAAAUGAGAAUAAAACUAUCAAUAGUGCUGACCAAAUUUCUCAUUCUAAUGAAGAAAAUGGAGCUCAUAAAGAGGACAUUGAAAAUGAUUUUUGUAACAUAGCGGAUCGUCAUUUGUAUAAACUUGUUAAAUGGUGUAAAAGUUUGCCUUUGUUCCAAGAAAUUUCAAUUGAUGAUAGAGUUGCUUUAUUGCAUAACUCGUGGGUUGAACUUCUUCUAUUAAGCUGUUGUUACCGUUCAAUUUCAACACAAGGAUCUAUUAAAAUAUCAUCCGAUCGUAGUGUUUCAGUUGAAGAAGCUCGAUCUCUAGGAAUUAAUAACGUAAUUGAAAGAAUGAUCAAUCUUGCUGACCAUUUGAGACGACUUCAUGUCGAUGAAUGUGAAUAUGUUUGCCUUAAAGUUAUUAUCUUAAUGACGUCAGAUGCAAGUGGCCUUCAAGAGGUUGACAAAGUCGACAAGUUACAAAAACAAAUCGUGGAAGCUCUUCAAACUUACACGUCUGCUAAUUAUCCUCAGUACCCUUCUAAAUUCGGUGAAUUGCUUUUACGAUUACCCGAAUUAGAAAGAGUCUGUCAAGUUGCCCGGGAAACUUUAGCUGUUAAACAAGCUGAAAAAGACGUUACCGCUUUCAACGUAUUGAUGGAAUUAUUUCGUGAUGACUAUUGAAUAGUUUAGUAAAUCUUGUCCAAAAAUAAGACUAAUAGAUUUUUCUAUUGUGAGAACCAACAAGUUUUGGCACCAACUCACAAGAACUGCUACUCAAUUGUUAAUGACUUUAUUGUCCCAAGGAUUACCAAAUCAGUUAUCAAAUGACCAAAGAGAGCUGUAAGAGUAAUGAACUUCAAGUCAAAAGAAGUAAAUGCUUAAAAAUCAGGAUUCAACUUCAAUAUGGGUAUUAAAUUGUCACAGCUUUGACUUCAUUUUGCUGAAAAUUAAAAACUAGUCAUUUUUCGCACAAUGAACAAGCUCUGAAAUUGAUACCUUAGUCCCAGUUAUGAACUAUCAUUGUUAUUUCUUUAUACCGUUCUAAUCAUUAUUAUUAUAUUUAAUAUUAGCUGUUUGUUAUAUAUUAUAAGUUUUAGAUUGCUUUUAUCAUUUAUUAACCACCUUUAUUUCAUAUUUUAGCUUUUAAAAAAUUGCUUUGUAAAUUCUUUCGUUGUAGUACCUUAAACUUGACUUUUUUUGUAUCAUAUGUUUUGCUUCUUUUUUAUUGGUAAAAUUGUUAGUCAACUAAUUAGCUCAAAAUCAAAACCUAUCAUUUAUCAAUCAAAACAAGACAUAAAGCCAAACGCAUUGCGACCACUUGAUGAAACCAUCAAAAUUUAAUAAAAUUUUAAAAUAAUGAAAAUAA